AUGAUAGUGUAUAUCAGGGUCUUCUGUUUAGGUAUAUCAUCCAAGGAGUAUCACCAGGCCCGUAAAUCACAGCUCGAACUGCAUUUUAUAUGCAGACCGUGCCAUCGUCAGACCAUCGAUCCAGAGCCUUUGGAAGAAACCGGUUAUACGGAGCCAACGCAAGAACCCGAGCCGAUGGAAGAAACCGUCCAUCCCGAGCACAUGGAAGAUACUGAGCCCACGACAGAACCAGUCCUGGAAGAGCCGAUGUCUGAGCCCACGGCAGAACAUGUCCAGGAAGAGCCGAUGACUGAGCCCACGGCAGAACCCGUCCAGGAAGAGCCGAUGCCUGAGCCCACGACAGAACCAAUCCUGGAAGAGCCGACGUCUGAGCCCACGGCAGAACCUGUCCAGAAAGAGCCGAUGCCUGAGCCCACGACAGAACCCGUCCAGGAAGAGCCGAUGCAGGUUGACGCUCACUUCGACAUGAGUUUUGACGUUAAUCACAGAGUGGCAGAUGACCCGGAAGAACCACAAGACACGUGA